UGAAGCCUAAACGAGAAGCGCUUAGCAUUACACCAUUCGCUCCACUUUCGAGCACAUUAAAACGAAUAAUCUAUAAUGUCUUUCAAUGUACCAAUACCGUACAAACCGCAGUCAACGCAAUUGUGAUAGUUUGGUCGUAAAGCCGCUUAUGUUCUAGUAACGCCCAGCCUUUUAGGGUUUAGCAGUAAGCUAGCAAGUAAGCUAACAGUGUGCUAGCAUCACUUCCUGGUUGCACAACAGUAUCGUUGAAACGCUGAGACAAAACCAGUUUUUCAGCCGAGAUAGAAAAAAGAUAGCUGUAGAAAGUAUGUUUCAUUGGGCUAAUUGAUACGGUUUAAACCUCUGGUUUAUCACAUUGGGAUCAAACUAAUUGUAUAUGUCGGUGAAAAGCAGUGAAGCUAUGAAACGGAUAUCUAAGUGUUCAUAAACCGAGAGGAAAGCAGAAACGCCAGCCAAUGCCUCGCCUUCAUGGAGAAUGACACUACAAUAUCGAAAGAAGGUCUUCUUGAGCCAGUGCUUUCAGGCUCAGUAACCUUUGAAAGCAGUAUCUUGGCUCCUCUUCAUAACAAUUAUUUGUACGAGGAGUCUAAAGAGUCUUUUACCUACAAUUCAGCACAGCUGAUCAAAAAUGCAGCUCUGCAAAAAAGAUAUUCUGCCUUUCGUGCUGAAAAACGUGAACAUGGUUACUCUGAAGAGGAACUUGAGGAAUCGUUUGGCUUCUUGUUGCUUGAUGACAAGUCUAGGGCUAACAGACUUGCGGAAACAGGCCUAAUUGUCGGGCAAGGGACGUGCACCACUCUGGGAGAUUGUUCAAAGGGGGUAUAUAUUUCAAAGUACUCUGACUGCCUUGACCUAAAGCGUUGGUACGAUGGCAAGACCGGUUACAUUGUUCUGUUAAAAUUGACAAAGGGUCGAGUGAAGGAAGUGACAGAAAACUAUACCCAAAACUUCACACCUCCAACUGCCGGGUUUGACUGCCAUGUAUCAGAGCAGCUUCAAGCAGUGUGUGCAACCACCAGCUUCUUUCUUGCAUUCGAAAGGACUCAGUAUUAUAUGUAUGAGCUGGUGGAUGGAGUGGAAAAGGUAGAGCCAUGCCCAAGGCAUGUGUGUCCAUUUGCCAUUGUGGCUUUCUCCUAUGGAAAAACUGCCAUUUCUUUAGAAUUAAAAGAGAAAAGCCAAGAAAAAUCAUCAUUUCAUUACCAACCCUGGAGUGGCCAGCUACAGAUCGAGUCUGUUUUCUUCAACAUUGGGUUGAAGUCUAACCAUGGAGCAAUGUUCCCAGCAAAUCUCCCAAAAACAGUUAAAGUUGAUCGUGUCAUUGAAGUCUCUGCACUAAGGAAGAUAUUGCCCCAAGCAGUUUUUGAAACUUCUCCUGUUAACGAAGUUUCAUUAGAUGGCAAAUGGUUUAGUAUGUAUGAUGUCGUCUCCCUUGAAGCAAGAAAUGACCUAGAUUUCUUAACUCAGGGGUUGAAGGAGAAGGACCUGGCCCUUGUUAUAUGUUUGGAGGAUGGUGGUUUUCUUGUAUUUUUACAUUCAUCCAAUUUCCUCUCCUAUGAAGGUGCAGGAACCGAUAAAGCCUUUGCUCUUCAAGGAAUGUUUGUUUAUCCUGUCUCCAGAACUGUGCCAAGAGAGACAAAGAGUGGAUACCACAAGACUAAUACUCCAUUGGAGGUUCUUCAAGUUCUCCCUGCCCUAAAUUAUGCUGAAUUAGAAAUGGAGAAGUGUCCUCCAAAGCAGGAUGAGGAGCCCCUUGGUAUAAUGGAGAAACAUUUGCAAAACUUUGCUGCUCUUAUUUUUCCAGGUUUAACUAGCAGCCCUAGUAGGGAGGCUAGUAUGUUUCCUGAUCAGUAUGAUGUACCUGAAGGUUUUCCUCUAAUUGCUCCAAAGUUGACAGAACAGACUGGAAGUCGCCUCAGGAUAUAUUUAAAAAGUCCGUGCAGUUUUCAAAUCCCACUGGCGAGGGCACAGGAACUCCUUGCUGCUGGAAAACAGCAGCGCAGUGAUGAUCAGGACGACGAUGUCUAUUACUGUAUCUCAUCACCUGAUGCCCCUCAGACUCCUGCUGAUCUGGUUAUGGAAAGAGAUAUGCCUAAUGAAACAGAUACUUUUAUUUGUAUUAAUGUUUCUGAGGAAGUGAAAAAGAAUGCUGAGCAGCAAGCUGAAACAGAACUGACUGAUGCUGAACAGAGUGUUUUGAUCGCUGCUGAACAGAGUUUUUUGAACGCUGCCAAACAGAGUUUUUUGAUCGAGGAAGUGAAAACACCUUGUGCUGCAGUGGUUGAAACACCUGAUGAUAACCCUGUGGAUAGGGCAGACCCUUCACCCAUGUCAGGUGACCUCCCCACAGAACACUAUAUUCAGAACAUUCAAGCAGUUGAUACUGCUCAGUACAGUGAGAAAAGUUCAGAGUGUGUCUCAGCCAAUGACAAAUGCGGCGGAGAGGCGUCUUCCGGGGCAUCUUUCACAGAAACCGUUCAGACCACCAGCGUGGCCAUGCCUUCCUCAGAAAUCGGAGAUGAUGCCUCAACUGUGGCAUCUAAUUCUGAGAUGGAAGUCGAUCAUUCACACAAAGUAAACUGUGUAUCCGAUAUUCUUCCUAUGGUUGGAGGUCAGAUACCUGUUACAGAAAAAUUACAGGAAGCUGACCUUCCAACAUCCAUUUCACCUCCUACCACAUCAGUAAAUCGGACUGAAGCAUUAAUCGAAGGCUGUAAAGAAAUACAGCCAGAGGCAAGCAGUAACGUUCCUGCUAAAUCCAAGCCAAACCGGCGUGGAAAAAGGAGAAGAAGGAAAGGUAUAAAACGCAAUACUAACAAAGUCAGUCAAAUUACAACCCCACUACAAAACACUACUUUAUUAUCUUCCCCUUCAACAGAAGCUACUCCUGAGUGGGGUAGUAGCAGUGAGACAAUACAUUCCUCACCUAGCACACCAAAAAAAGAUUGGCGUUCUCUCCCCAGACGCAAGAGGCACUGGAAUGCCGAUGUUAGUACAAAGCGAACACUACGCUCAGGUUUAAAAAGCACUGAAAUGCCAUGUGGUAAAACUGAUGAGACUGAGAAAAAUAGCACCAAUACAAACCUUACUGUUACAACAAACAUGCCCAGUACACCAAAACGAAAAAUGGAAGGAAUUACUAUGAGAGAACGAUAUGGCCUUAAGACAAUAAUCACAGACUGUGGCUCUGUCUUUGUCCCCCAUGGCUCUGAAGUUGCUCCUGGGGACAUAAAGUCAAACGAAAACCAGCAAGCUCAAGAGUCAUCCUCUGUUACAACCAGCAGUCCUAUAGGGGGGAAGCCGACGACUUCACCAACACGGGAUAAACCGCAGCCAUUAGAAAUAGAAAACACAAGUCAGCAUAAUCCCCAAACGCAGCUACAAAACAUUUCAGUGAAUCCAGUUAAAGCACAGUCCUCUGGGGAGAUUACUGAGAAAGUUUCUGAAAACUCUGACCAAUCAUCUGUCCUGGAUUCGACUGAAAAAACUAAAAGCACAACAAAAGACCAUGUGUACAGGGCAAUAUCCAUAAGUAAACUAAAGACAGUGCUCAAACGAUCAAAAAGGACUAAAUCUCCUACUGCACAGAAUAACGGGAAAUCAAUAUCAGAUAAUACAGAGCCUAAACUGAAAAGAGGGAAACCAAGCAACGUAGAGUUGCCAGACAAAGGCAAACAAGAAAACACAUUACAGCAUAAUCCCGAAUCCACCGGGAACCAAGAGCCUGUGGAAAAUACACCGUCUAAACCACUCCUGAGGACCACCUUGUCUCAGGAGAUGCGGAGCUCAAAGUUCUCAAAAGAAAACGGUUGCAACAUAUUUGAGAACGUUUCCCUUAAGGAAAUAGUUAAACAAGCUGACCAAACGCUCACGUCUGAGCCAGUAGAGAAUAUGGUAGGAGAAAAGUGCCUACCUAGUUCUGAUGGUCAAUGCAAUAAAGAGGAUGUUGCUGUUGGCAUGCCUGCACCUUCGGAUGCUCUUAAUCUCCUGGCUGAUUUGGCUCUCAGUGUAAAUAGCGAUAAAAUGUUGCCUAAAUUUGGAGGAAAACACCUUGGAGCCAAGACCAGUAGCUCGCCUUUUCCUCAAGUCUUUCAUCCGUUGAAAUCCCCAUUUGCAAGAUUUAAAUUACCUGAUAAAUCUCCUUUUCCAGAGGGUCUUGUUGUGACUGGGGAUCUGAUCUUAGAGAUAUCAAGAGAGCAUUCUUAUUCACAGCCCUCUCUGCUGUCAAGUUUGGCAGGCAUAUGCCCCCAGGUUCAACCUCAAGUUCAGUGUGUUGAGUCUUGUCUGCCCAUGAAAUCUGACCUUCUGCUGAAGCUACCUGAUCUCGCUAAUUAUCCAGGCUUUCGUAACAAAGAAGACAAAAAUGGAUGGAAAUUCCUGCCAUCUCUCCCUGGAUCAGCUGUCAAGGCCAACGUAUGGAGUUCUCAGUUUCUUCGCUGUAGGACCAUAGUUGAAAAGGAGGGCUCUAUUCAAGUGACAAGGCAUUGGAAAGAAAACUAUGAUUUCAAAUAUGACAGCAAGUUCACAAAUGACAAGCUAGACAAGUGUGUGAUAAGAGCGCUGCAUGGCGACUGGGAUUUUAGCAUUGAAGACAGUUAUGAGCAGGUGCAUCUUAUCUUCCAUAUGUGGAUAGGCCUCUUUUACAGUAAACCCACUUCUAGGUUCUUUCACUUUGACCAAAUCGGCCCAGCAGUGGAAAAAAAGAAUCCUGAAAUGGCAUCACAGUGUGCUGUUCAGACUUCCACAUCACUGCCGGAUGUUGAAUUGACCUCAAAGGUGGACAAGCCUACUUCCGUAGAUCCUGUAUCGGAUGCGCUUGACCUUUCAGUGAAAGUGCCUGGGACUGAGGAUGACUUUACCACUGAAGAGAAUCUAACACCUACGUCUGGUAUACAAUCAAGAUUCGAACACAUGCCAGAUAUUAGACCCAGUUUAGACAAUUCCCUCAAUGUUCCCUCAGCAAGCAUUCUAAUGGAUUACAGAUCCACUGUGGAGGACGAAAAUUCCACAACUGAUCAUAAUGACUGCAGCGACGUGGAGGACGAUAUGUCCGGUGUCGUUGAAAGCACUUACGCAAAACUCUUGGAGAGCAACAGUGCAUACAAUCAGUUGUGUGGUCUUGCAUCAAACAUGAGAAUUGAAGUACAGAAAUUGUUGAAUGUGCAACAGAAUGAACCUGUUAGCAAGGACCUGUCUAUAUCAAAGCCAAUGAAUCUGAGCACUGAGACAAAGACUGUGGAGGUAUUCCACCAGGUUGUUGCCCCUGUCAAGCCUUUGAUUAUUUCUAAAGUGCCUGACACCAGAGCCUUUAAGUUCAACCUAAAGUCAUGGAGCUUUAAGGAAAAGAACAAAGGUGAAGCACCUGUAUCAGUGCACAGAGAGAGCGUAUCCAAAGAUGAGCAACGUGAAGGACAAGCUAAUAAGGAAAUACACGGAAAUACAUCAGUGUGUGUGUAUUCUGGUAAUAAUGAAAAGAAUGAGUCUGUACUUAAAACCAAUCCAGGAAGCUGUUCUGUUAUUUCUGUUUCUGUAAGUGAUAAAAAUGAUGCAAGAAUUGUAUUUAAAUCUGCACUUCUUACCAGGGAUGAAACACCUAUGGUCAUUCAUGACAAGAAUAGUAGUGCAACAGAGAAAUCUGUGUCCGAGAGAAAUAAUGAGGUAGUGUGUAAUGAUAUAGGAGACACAUCAGUGGAUGAGUUUAUUGUAAGUAUCCAGACAAAGCAGGAUAUCACACCAAUAGAUGUCAGAAAUGUCAAUGUUAAUGAAGAAGUAACAGAGAACGUUGGGCCUGUACCGGACGUCAUAGACAAAAUUCAUGUAGAUGUACCUCAUGUGAAUCAUAAAACAAAGGUGGUAGGAAAACCUUUCAGUCAUGACUGCAGUAAUACCACCGGAGAAGUGCUUAUUGAUGAUCAGAAAAAGGACAAAGAAACAUCUGUGACUGUAAGAAAUGACACCUCUGUUAAUGUACCUGAUGUGGUUAAGUCACAGGAGCUGGUUACAUCUGUAAGAGAUGACACAAGUUCACAUGAUGCCAGAAAUGACAUGCAUGAGGAGGUAAAUGUUAACGAUGAGGCCGACAUGGUUCUGACUAUGCCUGAUACCGGCGAUAUCCUGCCAGAGUAUGAUGAAGAAAAUACUGCUGAUGGGGAAUGUGAUGAGGACGGUAAUACCUCAGAUGAAGUUAAUUCUUUGGUGAACAUCAGAGAUGCAUCUGCUGACGUACAAGCUGAAGACGAAGAUGAGCUUGGAGUUAUAGAUGACAUACCUGUAGUUUUACAGGAUAUGAAUAACACAAACAAGAACGCCACUCUUGAGCUUGAUGCCAGAGCUGAUAUGUCAGCAGAUGUACAGGAUGUGAAUAAAUCGAACAAGGAAGCCAUAUCUGGGCUUGAUGUCAGAGACGACAAACCUCCAAACAUACAGGAUGUGUUACAGAAUGAAACCACAACGGAUAAAGAUGAAACCAAAUGUCAGCCUGACGUCAAAGACUGCAGCUCUUUGGAUAGACCGCACAAUGUGGAGUCGACAGAAGACAUGGAAGUCCAUGUAGAAAUCUCUGCCAUGGAGGAACAUGUGUCUGAAAAAGAUGAGAGAAAUGCAGAUGCAACAACUACUGAAAGUGUUAGAAAAACAGUAGCAGAGUCCCUGACUAAAUCCGACUCUGUGGAGAACAGCACUUUUGCUGAGUCUCAAGAUUGGACAGGUAGUGUAGAUAUGGAUAUGAGUGAUAUGGAUUCAGAAACUGAAAAUUCAGAAACGGUGCAUGCUGUGAACGACUCUUGUGGUGAAAGACACCCUGAAGCAUUUGAGGAAGACACUCUAAAGCUGCAAGAGUGUGAAAUGAAAACUGACUCACCUGUAGCAAGCAAUUGUAAAGAGCACAGUAGAGAAGGUGCUCAGCCAGGGAUAUCUGAGUAUUCAUCUGCAGAUCAUGUGAGCUCAACAUCCAGUCCGUUAAUUACUUUGGAGGAAGGCCAUAGUUUAUUGGCUGUUGGUGGUGCUUGCAUCCCAAAACAGAACGAUGGUGAAAGUGAUCAUGAUGCCCGUGUGGUUCAACAUGAAACACCUGGGGUCAAGCCGUACAAACCCACAAAAUAUUUAAACGAUGUGUUACCCAUAACUGAAAAAGGUAAACCAGAACCAUAUGAAAUAAAAGACUCUAGUAUCCAGGGCUCUAGCGAAAAAGCUGCGGAUUUAGACCGUUUCAAUGCCAAUGAAGAGUCAAGUAAAGACCCUAGAACUCUAGAGCUGGGCACUGAACAGAAACCUUUACUCCCCACAUUUUACAAUUCGGUUGCUAAUAGUUUUGAGCUGCACAAGAAUUUCGACAGCAUAGAUGCAUCUCCACCAACUCUGCAAAUAGACACUGAGGCAGAGAUGAACAGCAGGUGCUGUACCCCUACUCUGGAUGAACCAACAUAUCAUUGGGCUGAUGAGGUUUCAAAUAUUCAGGAAGGAAAUUUCCAGGACAUUUCUGAAACCGGGCACUACUGUGUAAAGAAUAACUCUACUAAUGCAUGGCUGGCACUUGAAAGUUCUGAGGAUUCUGAUUUAGAAGAGUCUGCAGCUCACAAAGAACAAAUCGUCCUUCAGGAUUCACUUUGGUCCUAUAAUAGGCACAAUUCCACAGUCAAAGAUACUGAUGAAAAUCAAACGUUUUUAGCUGACGACUACGUGCCUGAAGAGAAGACGGUUUAUUUAGACUGCAAAUCAGUUCCCACACCUAGAACAUCCAAAGAAAUAGAGCCUCAACAUGACCAGUUUGGUAGUUUUCCUGAGCAAUAUGAAGAUGAUUCCUAUGAAGAGCUUCCUUCAUCAUGGACACAUGGUGCCAACUUCAAAAGAAAGCAGCAAAAUGAAUGGUAUGCGCCUGACGAGGAUACACAUUACACAAACAGCACUUCUAUCCACAGGGAAGUUGCAUACAGGCCAAGAGAGAUUACAGAGAGUAAGUCAGACACUCCUGGCUGGGUACAAAGAACUCGUUAUUCAGAAUCCGUUCCCAAUGCCGACGAGUCAAAUGAAAGAGUUCUUUCUUUCAGACCUCCAGCAGGUUUAUCUGAAUCUAAUGAGGAGUCUGAGAGCCAGGGAUCAGAGCCAGUACAUUACAGUAAAAAGAAACAUAAGAGAAGGUUUUGUCAAAAUGAUCGGGGUAAAAAAGACUUUUAUGCAACUGUAGACCUCAGCAUAAAAAAGACCUUUUCAUGUAGUUCAGGUCAAUCGAGCAUUUCAAGGACACGAACAUCCAGCCCAUAUCAGCGUAAAGGAGAAAGCAAGCAGUCCUUUGACUGGCGCAGAUAUUUCAGGAGAGAGGGAAUAUUUGUGUCAAAGGGAGGCACCAGUGACCCGUUUCAUGAUCCACCUUCUUCUAUUAUCACAAUGUUUGAUAAGAAAGGGAACAGAGUGAUAUAUGAAAGUCCUUCCACUGAAAAGCGAUUAGCAGGCAUCCACGGUGCGAGUCCGAAUAUGGAAGAACAGAAAUCGAACUCUGUCACCCAGUCUUUAAUGGAACUCGAGUAUCUCGUCUUUUCAGAGAAGAUGACGCAUUUGCUCAAAAAUUAUAAGACUACCUCCAGAGCAAAACACCACCACAGACUAAAUAUCAGCCCUGUAGAAAAGCCUAUGACUAUUCAAUUUUCAAGACUUGAUGAGCAGAACAGCUUUUCUGCACUUGAUCAGACUUGGCCGACACUUUCUAAAUUUAAGAUCAACGUAGACAUGUCUGAAAGGAAAGCCUUAAAGAAGACUCCAAAUUACAGUAAGCCCUUGCAUCUCCAAAGCCUUUUCUGUGAAAGAGGCACUGAAGCAACUUGCUCAAAGUUAUCAGACAUAACGAAAGAGUGUUCAAAGUCAUACCACACCCUGAUGAAUGACAUUUGCAUUGGCAAGACUGUCCCUCAUCAGCACGAAGAGCUGAAAAGAAAAUGGGAUUCCGAGCGCGUUACAACCAGCAAGCAGUCUGGAUUCUGUGGUCGCAUCAAGAAAGACAUGUUUGAUCAUCUGCACGAUAAUUUAAACUCUAUUGUGAGGCAAGCAUGCAGAACCAAGUACAAGUUCUAUAUCUUUGUUACAUCAGCGGACCCCUUUUUUGAGGAAACCAAGGAUCUGUUGGAAGCUGAGGGCCACACUGCAGUUGAGCCAUAUCAGUUUGAAUCUGAUGCCAACGGGCAAACUCCUCUACUUAUUAUACUGAGAAACGAGGAUAUUGCAGAACACAUAUUUGAGGUUCCACAUUUGCUUGAGUUAAAGAAGUCAUCCAGAGUUCUGUUUGUGGGCAUCGAUCAGCCUGACGAUGUUGUAAACCUCACACACCAAGAGCUUUUUGCAAAAGGAGGAUUUGUGGUUUUUGAUGAAACCGCACUGGACACGCUGAGUUUAGAAAACAUGAAAAAGUUUGUGGGCAUUAUGGAAGAACUAGAUAAAAAAGGGAAGUGGAAAUGGUUUCUACACUACAGAGACAGCCGCAAGUUUCGGGAAAAUGCAAGGGGCUGUCCUGAAGCCCAAAGGAGAAGGCAAUUCAUAGACUGCUGCCAGGAAGCAGGAAUAGUGGAGGUCUUACCUUAUCAUGAAUGUGACGUCAUUUCACGGGACAAGCCAGACUUCCUUCGCUGUCUAGUUCGUCUCCAGAUCCAAAACAUCUCAGCCCGGUUCCCUAUUUUCAUUACAGACAAACCGGAUGAGUCUUUUGAGAAGAAUGGGAUUUUAACUAUGAAUAUUUACACAUUCUCACGGAUUCUUUCAAAUGACACAUGCUCAGUUUCAUAAACUGGUAGCUAAAAUGGGGUCCUAGCACUCUGAAACCCCUACACGUUGUUUUUUGUUUGUUUGUUUUUCUGUACAAAUUGAAUUCUUAAUCAACAGAUAUUGAGUGCUUGUUUUUUUUUGUUUUUUUUUUCCCUAAAGUGUAAAUAGUAUAUGUUCUGCUUGGUCUGUAACUAUUUAUAUUGUAGCCCCAAUUAAAGUUUUCAGUUGGAGGCUUCAUGUAUAAAGUUUGAUAUGUAUUAAUUUUAAAUAUUUUAAAAAAAAAAAAAAAAAAAAAAAAUCAGUGAUAUUUUAG